UGAUUGAUGGGAAAGAUGUGACUGAAUUUAAAAAAAAAAAACGAUUUGCCUAAUUUACUGGAUUUAGGCGCAUACCGAGAGCGAGGAGAGGCUGCUUUGCUGCUGACAUCCACUUAGUCGUUUCGCGGGAGCCAGUUCUUCCUGUGGCUGCAGAGCCAAGCUGCUGCUAACCAGGCAGCGUCCUUCAGAGCGCGGGUGCUGAAUCGCAGGCAGGCUCUGGGAAGCAGGAACCGCUCUUGGCAGCCGGUUUGUGCUGGGAGGAUUUGAAAGGUAAAUAGAUUUUUAUAGCAAGCUGAGGACGAGCCACUGAACACGCGUUUUCUUCCCUGGGGAGAAAAAAAAACCCCAAACCUUGGGGCUUUUCUUUGAACGGAUAAAGGAGUUGGAGGUGCUGAGAGGAAACCCUCCCUAGGGACGGAGUGGGACCCGGCGCCGCUCGGCUCUGCCCCACUCCCGGCAGCGGCAUGCACGGACCCAGCCUCUGGAGCCUCCUCGCUCCCGCGCUGCUGCUCAGCUGCUGCGCCGCCUGGGAGGAGAGGGGGUCCCCGCGCCCGCGGGGCGUCUCGCAGCAUAGCCCGCUUUCCCCGGGGGCCGCGGUGACCCGCACGCCCGGGCUCAAGGGCUCCGGCUCCAACGCGUCCAGCUCGGCUGUGCCCGGGAGCGGCCGAGCCGGCGACCCCGGCCGAGCCCGCGACCCCGGCCGAGCCCGCUCGCUGUCUCCGCCCAUGUGCACCGGGCAGACGGAGGUGAAGGAAACGUUCAAGUACAUCAACACGCUGGUGUCCUGCCUGGUGUUCGUGCUGGGCAUCAUCGGCAACUCCACGCUGCUGCGCAUCAUCUACAAGAACAAGUGCAUGAGGAACGGCCCCAACAUCCUGAUCGCCAGCCUGGCCCUGGGGGACCUGCUCCACAUUACCAUCGCCAUCCCCGUCAACGUGUACAAGCUCCUUGCAGAGGACUGGCCCUUUGGAGUUGAAAUGUGUAAACUGGUGCCCUUCAUUCAAAAGGCAUCAGUGGGCAUCACUGUGUUAAGUUUGUGUGCCCUCAGUAUUGAUAGGUAUCGAGCAGUUGCUUCCUGGAGUCGAAUCAAAGGAAUUGGAGUGCCAAAGUGGACUGCCGUUGAAAUUGUAUUGAUCUGGGUUAUGUCAGUCGUUUUAGCUGUUCCUGAAGCUAUAGGUUUUGAUAUGAUUGUUAUGGAAUAUAAAGGAAAGCAUCUUAGAAUCUGUAUGCUUCAUCCCACACAAAAAACAUCCUUUAUGCAGUUUUACAAGACAGCUAAAGAUUGGUGGCUGUUUAGCUUUUAUUUCUGUUUGCCGUUGGCCAUCACAGCACUUUUUUAUACUCUGAUGACCUGCGAGAUGUUAAGAAAGAAAAGUGGAAUGCAGAUUGCUUUAAAUGACCACUUAAAACAGCUUUUUUCUUGUAUUGGACUACAUUGGUAUUAACAUGGCUUCGCUGAAUUCCUGCAUUAACCCAAUAGCCCUGUAUUUGGUGAGCAAAAGAUUCAAAAACUGCUUUAAGUCAUGUUUGUGUUGCUGGUGCCAAUCCAAAGACAUGCUGUCCCUGGAGGAAAAACAAUCCUGCUUAAAGUUCAAAGCUGAUGAUCAUGGAUAUGAUAAUUUCCGCUCCAGUAAUAAGUACAGUUCAUCAUAAAAAAAUGGAUCCUCUGAAAUUAAUUUCAGUGCCUUUAUUUGAGUCUGACUGACAAUUGCUGUUAUAGAUUAAGACAGUAGAACUUUUGAAAAAUCUAGUUUUCUGUUUGCACAAAAAGUAAAUAAAAAAUUGAUUGCCCACAGUUACAUAACAUUCAUAAUUAUGCAUGGUAUCAUUAGCCACUUGCAAAACAUGAAGAACAACAGCAGAAACAACUAAUUAUUAAAGCACUUAAAUUCUUUGGAGUCAGCAAUUCCAGACCAUCCUCACUUCCAGUAUAUCAGUCAUUUGUGUUCAUUAUAAGCGCCUUAGGAACUAGAGUCACAAUUCUUACUAAAUAGCAAACAAUAUCUUUUGUUAGAUCAAAGCCAAUAUUGUAUAUAACUCAAUGUAUUAUAUUUGUAAAGCAGAUUGAGUGUCUAAAUUGUUUUUAAAAAAAUCAAAUCCAAAAUACUUCAUAGCACAGUUUAAACAAACAAACAAACAAACAAACAAAAAAGUACUUUUAUCUGGAAUGUUACACUACUACUAGCUGAGAACAAUACUAACAGGAUACAGUCAAGUUAAAAAUCACACUUCUGUCUAAAUAUUUUUACCUACUACUAUUACAAGUAACAUUUAAGGUCACUACAAAUAUUGUUCUCUCUUAUCAGUUUAUUUCAUGCAUUUGUGGUAGCACUUUUAAUAGUCCAGUCCACUGUUUCCCCAGUUAUUUGACAUAGUGUUUCACAUAAUAGAGGAGAAAAACAUUUUUAAAUGGAGGAAAAUAUGAUUGCAGAAUCACAAAAAUUCUGCACAGUCACUGAAAUUAAUGAUUUUUUAAAUUGUUUAGAUAUCAAGUUUACAGCAUCCCUUUUAAAUAAUGGGCCUUCAAGUAAUUGACUGUAGUUUAGCCAACUUUAUCUUUCUAGAGAUUACAAAUGAAAUUGAUUUCUCAUGGGAAAAAUCAGAAGCAAUCUAAAUGAUGGUUGGGAAAAAGAACCCUUAAUAUAGCAGAUAGUACAAAAUGUACCAGAGGUAGACAAAGCAUUUUGGGUUCUAAUUGUAUUUAGUUCUGCUAGGUCUUUAAGAAAAUAUUCACAGACUGUACUUAAAAGGCAAAUACUACGUCAUACGGUAAUUCUUGACAUUGUUAUAAAAUGUUUUUUCUUUCCAUGUGGUAAUAGCAUUUGUGAUUAGUUUCUACUUCUGUAAAUAUUUUAGUGAAGUAUAAUUAAAUGUAAAAUAUUAAAAUAUGGGCAGGACCCUAUAAGAAUAUAGAGAGAUAAAGAUGCCUGUGGUAAACAUGAUGUGUAUUGCCAGGAGCAGUUCACAUUUUGUGUAUGCAUGGCAGACUAAUGCUUGUCUUUUUAAAUAUUUUAAUCCAAGCAACUCAUGCGUUAAAUCUUUUGCUAGUACUAGUUACCAAUACUAGGAUUAGUAAAAGCAUGACUCUUUGGCUUUGCAUCUCCAAUUGAUUUGUUGCAGAUUCUCCAAAAAAAUUAACACAUUUCAAGCAGUAAAUCAUGAGUUUUUCCUACAAAUAUCAACAGAAAACAUUUUGAAAGUGAGAAAUGUUUUCAGCACAUACCAUACUUUAUUAUAAUACAGUAUUGGUCAAACUCAGGAAUUUUCCUACCUUCCAAAUGUCCAGUGUAAGAAUUCCUUGUACACCUUGUCCACAAAGUGCCUUAGAUAUUCUCAGGAUAAAAAACAGUUUGAAUCAGAUCAUUAGUUUGCUAUUUUCAUCACCCUUUGCCCAUAAACCCAACUACCAUACACUUAACAGAAUGAAAUACAUGGUGGGGUUGUUUCUUUAAACAGAAACACAAAGUAAGAAGUCCUUCAAGAUGUGUUCUGACAAUUCCUAAAGUAGAAAAAUAGUUUUUUGAAGUAAAAAUAAUUUCUUUUCUUGUGCACAAGAAGUCAAUAAUUUGACUAGUAUACCAUGUAAAUAUUAUGAAUGUUCAACACACUGUUUAUUUUAUCAAUUUUCACAUUGAGACGUGAAUUAAUGCAAAUAUACAAUUAUUUCUGUGAAAUGCAUUUCAUAUAUUAAAAAUGGGUAACCAACUAAAUCCUAAAUUUGAUACUGGUCAGUGUUAUUUUCAUAAAGCUAUAUCAUUACAAUAUUGUACAUGUAUAUUAUUUUUAUUUCUGUUGAAAUGUAGCUGUUUUAUUCUACAACUGUGUAACAUGUUUUUUUUUGUUUUUCCUGGACUAGUUCCUUGUUAAGUUGAACCCUCAUGGGCCCAGACAUUUAGGUAUUGCAGACAAAGGGCAAGUGCACUGCCUAAUUUUCAGAACAUAAUAUAUACUUAAUGGAAAACUUUUUUUUUUAAUUUCCAGUAUUUACAAAACAGUAUUUUUUCCAGCAACUAUAUUUUUCCUGUAAUAACAAAACCUGCUGCUUACAUGGGUUAAAAAAAAAUACAAGGGAAAACACAAGAGAAUCUGUGUUCUAGCUAGAAACUAAGAUAUGAAGGAUGGGAUUUUCAAGAGUGCUCAGUGUUGGCAAGUCAAUGGAAGUUUAACUAUUGGCUUCCGUAAGAGAAGUUAGGCCACCACUUGGAGCUUUUAAAAUACCCAUCUGAAAUUUGCUACCUGUCCUAUCAUCCUUGAAUAAAUAGUAAAUGCAAAACUUGUUUUCAAGGAUGAGGAGUUAUCUAGAUUAGUGAUGAGGUAAAAGGGAGUGAAAUUGGCUCUGGUGUAAAGAUCUAGGCUGGCAGACAUCUCAUGUAUCCUCUAUCAGCCAUAUGGGGCACCUGUACUCCAUUAGGUACCAUGGAAAAGGUCUGUGCACUAUCCCAGAAGAGCCUGACAUAGCAGGCCAACAUGACAGGGAGCCAGAGAAAGGAUCCUAGAUUCCUCAGCCCUGGUACCCUGUGCAAUGGCCACAGAGCGACUUAAAACUCUAUUUCAAUCCCUAGGCUAGAUUAACAGCCUCAGAGGGGCCUAUCGUGGGCGGUGGGUGAACCCCCAUUCGGGGAGGCUAACCCACCAGCCCUGCCCCUUCUGCCCACAGCACCCCCCUCCCCAUAGCUAGAGCCCCGAAGCCCUCCCACCCCCAGUGCCUGGAGGAGCCCUAGCCCAGCCACUCCAAGCCAGUGACCAGGCCCAGGGCCAGCUCUACCAUUUUACCGCCCUAACUGCCAAAGCAAAAAAAAAAAAAAAAAAAAGCCACCCGGACUGAGCGGCCCCAAGAAUGGACGGAAUGCCGCCCCUUAGCAUGUGCUGCCUCAGGCAUGUGCUUCCUCUGCUGGGGCCUGCAGCCAGCCCUGACCAGGCCAAGCCCUACGCCACCAGCCAGCCCCAGCACUGGGUCAAGCCGCUGGCCUGAGCACCAGCCGCUGGCAAGCCCAAGCUCCAGACCGCCAGCUAGAGCUGAGCUGCCAACAGCUUCGGGGGUGGGGAGGGGGAAGAGAGUGGUGGGGCCUCAGGGCGGAACAUGGAUAGGGCCAUGGCCUGGGGUAGAGCAAGCUUAGCCUGCCCUGGCCUUUGAUACCAACCACCCAGGGGGCUACGCAGGAGCUUUGUGCUUUGGCCAUGAGUUAGCAGGUGGCUUUCACCUCCUCAUCCUCUCUGUACUCCACCCACAUAGUGCUUUAUGUGAGUGAAGUAGGUUUCAUGCUGGGUGAAUUGCACUGAUACACUGGUACUGCAUUUAGGAAAAAUCAAAUGCAAAUGCAGUGUUAGUAUAUAGUGUCCAUUGUAUGUUGUUGGUAUUUAACUAUCCCAAACAGCUUUUAAUAGACACAUGUACUGGCUAUACCAAGACACAGGUGGUUAGCAGUGGAAUGUUGUAUGUACCUACAUGAAAAUGUAAAAUCAUUUUUUUCUUUAUUGUUGUGUAUAACCAUGUAAAAUAAUUGCUUUUUAUGGUCACUAAAAUAGCAACUUUUGUGUUUGCUACAGUGUAAACAAACUGAAUUACCAAUAAAAAUAUUUUAGUUGCUUCA